AUGGUGAUGUACAAGACCGGUCAGACUGUUCGGUACAAGCCCGUAGGAGGUCCCACAUCAAACACAUCCGAAAGCGUUGGCAAAAUCAUGGACGUCUUGACCGAGCCAGGCCAGCAAGCCGGCCGCAACGUUAAUGCCAGCCCAGAGACCCCGAGAUAUGAGGUAUGUCGAAUCCAGAACUUGAACACUGGCAAGUCGACCACCAUUUACGAGGCCAACAUCCUGGGAAUCUCACGUUAA